GACUGAACACGGAAGUAUAGCGUGCGAUAACAUAUAGUAGAAAAUUGGAAAGGAGUUCACUCAUUCUAUUGUGUCAACAAUGAGAAGAAUUAUAGUCAUACAAACCGUUGGCCUACUUUGUUAGAAAUCGAGCUAAACAGACUGACGUUCAUAAAGUUUUGCAGAAGGAUGCUGAUUUGACAGCUCAAAUUCCUCGCUCCUUGUGCCUGAUUGGCUCAAACAAGCCCGUUGAAAUUGGGGGUUCGCAUCGGUGGAGAAUGGCUAGCAAGCCUGCUAGCUUCGUAUUUUAAAGUCAGUGCUAGCCCAUAAUGCAUUUGAGUGGAGUUCUUAUCUGUCUGUCCUACUGUUGCCCAAGAGACGCAUGAAAAUUGUCUUAACUACAUAAUCAAGCUUGAGACAAAAGACAGAGGACUAGGUGUGGAUGACCCCUCCCCUUACGAGAUGUAACAGGAUGCUGAACCAUCACUGUAGAAGGAACCCCGAGCUUCAAGAGGAGCUGCAGAUACAGGCUGCAGUGGCAGCGGGGGAUGUGUACACUGUCAGGAAGAUGCUGGAGCAAGGCUACUCUCCGAAGAUCCGUGAUGCCAACGGGUGGACCCUGCUCCACUUCUCCGCUGCCAAGGGGAAGGAGAGAUGUGUCCGGGUCUUCCUGGAGCACGGAGCUGAUCCCACAGUAAAGGACUUCAUCGGCGGCUUCACGGCGCUCCACUAUGCCGCCAUGCACGGCCGCGCGCGCAUCGCCCGCCUCAUGCUGGAGUCGGACUUCCGCAGCGACAUCAUCAAUGCCAAGAGCAACGACGGCUGGACGCCGCUGCACGUGGCCGCCCACUACGGCCGCGACUCUUUCGUGCGGCUCCUCCUUGAGUUCCGCGCCGAGGUGGAUCCCCUCAGCGACAAGGGCACCACGCCCCUCCAACUCGCCAUCAUCCGCGAGCGCUCCAGCUGCGUGAGAAUCCUGCUGGACCACAGCGCCAACAUCGACAUUCAAAAUGGCUUCCUGCUGCGCUACGCCGUCAUCAAGGGGAAUCAUUCCUACUGUCGUAUGUUCCUGCAGCGGGGUGCGGACACUAACCUGGGUCGCCUCGAGGACGGGCAGACCCCGUUGCACCUAUCAGCACUAAGAGACGACGUGCUGUGUGCCCAGAUGCUUUACAAGUACGGCGCUGACACCAACACAAGGAACUACGAGGGCCAGACUCCCGUGGCGGUGUCGUCGAGCAUGUCGGGCAUCAGCCGGCCCUGCCUGGACUUCCUACAGGAGGUCACCAGACAACCCAGGACUUUGCAGGACAUGUGUCGGAUAAACAUCCGGCAUCACAUAGGCCUCCAGAGCUUGAAGUGUCUGGAGGACCUGCCCAUUGCCAAGGUCAUGAAAGACUACCUAAAACACAAGUUUGACAAUGUGUGAUGACAAGGUUUUUUUAUAUACCCCCCGAACAAGGCAGACGGAGAACAUCGUUCUCUCCUUUCAUCAGACUAUGCAAGCACUGUGCUACCUUCCGUUGUCUGAACCUGGAGGAGCUGGAGGACCAGGUUUCUGUACAACCUCCAGAGGUCACUUUGUAACCUCAGUUAAACAUGUUGUUGGAUGGCGGAGACAGAGUUUCCCUCUCGGCCGCGUUUCGAACCGCGUUAGCAGCAUUACGCCUUUGGAUGGACGACUGAAUUGGAUGGACGGGAACAGGUGGCAAUGUUUCAACUAGGGCUUUCUUUCAAUCAUGAUGAAUGGUUAAUGAAGUGGUGCAGUCCUAAUUCGUGUUGUGGAAUAAAGUUUUGAUAGAAAUUACAUGACCGUUGAUUCGUUGCUGUCAUGUUACCCAUAAUGUAUGUGACAUGUCACAUUUCAGUCCACAUCAUGCCAAUGAUUUUUUUGUGGAUAUUAAGUGUUCCUAUUAGUUUUCAUGAAGACGUCAAUAUUUCUUUGCUGUGGUAAAUCUGGGGAAGUCGAGCGCGAGAGAAAGGACUUUGCUGUGGUAAAUGUGGGGAAGUUGAGCGAGAGAGAAAGGACUUUGCUGUGGUAAAUGUGGGGAAGUUGAGCAAGAGAGAAAGGACUUUGCUGUGGUAAAUGUGGGGAAGUUGAGCGAGAGAGAAAGGACUUUGCUGUGGUAAAUGUGGGGAAGUUGAGCAAGAGAGAAAGGACUUUGCUGUGGUAAAUGUGGGGAAGUUGAGCGCGAGAGAAAGGAUUGUCAGACCGACAUUAUUUUUAUUGUUAAGUGGAAAACUUCUUGCAGAAUGGGUCAAUCUUGUGAUACAGCAUUUCAAAUAAUCAGGUUAUCAAAACCCCUUAAUUAUUCAAGUAUUACAAAAGCUCAGUGUUGAGUUACCUCAAGCUUGAGUCGGCUAAAGUAGACCCGUUUUGACUUGAUUUAUUGAUUGAAGGAUUCACAAGUGAGCGAUACCGAGGAAGGUUUUCACUAGAGGGAAGGCCUGAGUUUUCCACAUUUACAGUAGGUGUUCACAAGAUGAGUCAUCCAGCAUAGCUCGGUGAAGUCUGUCUGCAAUGGUUACCAUGUACUGACAUAAACAUCGUCAAAAAAAACGAAUGUAAAUAAUUGUCAUAUAUGUACAGCAGAUAUUUUUCUAGAAUUAUUUAAGCGAGGAUCUCCUGUAUUCUUAAUGUAUUUGGAAUUUGUUGGAUGGUAUUGUGUGCUGUUGAUGUGACCCAUGUAUUGUUUUUGUAUGUGUGUCUUUUAAGAAUUUUAGAAGACACGCGCGUGUAUUUUCAAAAAAAACUAAAUAUUUAGUUAAAAUACGUUAAUUAUUUUUACUUUGUGGGAGAUGGAACGGGUAUUGGGUUAAGAAUAAAAUAAGUGAAUUUGUUUAAAUGUCAAUGCCCCUGUUUUUAAAUCAUAUUUGUUCACAUUUGUGUGAAUUUAAGGUUAAUCCAGAUUUUUUUCCAUCACUUUGAUUUUCACUGAUACUAAUGAAUGGUGUUUACAUAGAAUUUUGCAUGAUUUCAAAGACAGUAUUUGCAUAUUUUUUUUUCCCAACAUUUCAGUGCUAUGAUGUCUGCGUUGUAAUUCUGAACAGACAUAAAGAGGUGGUAGAGGUCUCCUCUUACUGAUGCAAUGUUUUGUUUAAUUUGCAUCUGGCCUGUGGUCAAACGGUAAAACUCUGCUCCCUACCUUAGAUUUGAUUUAGAUUUGAAUUUUAAGCGCAGACUUUUCUAAUUCACUUUGAAUACUUUUAGACAGCACAUUAUUCAGUUGCAGAGACUUUAAAACAGGGGUUUUAAAAAGGAUUUUCCUUUUUUGGUCUAAAAAGACAAAUCAACAGGAAUUCAGCUAAAAACUAAUUUAAUGUAGGAAAUCUGUUCAAGUAUUUCCAUAAAUUAUGAUCGUGUCUCAAUGUAAUCAAGGUAUGAAAUUGUACUUGAAAAUAACAAUCUUUUUUUGGGAUUAGUUGUGUUCAAUUUGCAGUGCACAAAUUAUUAGAAAUAUGUUCUGGCGUUGCGACCAUCCGCUCCGACAAAAAUCAGCCCGCGGUUUGAGUUGCUUACCCCCACCUUAACCAACUGUUAGAAAUGUUGAAAUGCAGGUUGAUCCUCCAUCCUUAGUUAAUGAAAGGAGUUUAUAUAUAUAUAUAUUAGUACCAGUCAAAAGUUUGGACAUACCUACUCAUUCCAGGGUUUUUCUUUAUUUGUACUUUUUUCUACAUUGUAUUGUACAUUGUUUCUACAUUGUAACUAUGAAAUGACACAUGGAAUCAUGUAGUAACCAGAAAAGUGUUAAACAAAUCUACAUAUAUUUGAGAUUCUUCCAAGUAGCCACCCUUUGCCUUGAUAACAGCUUUGCACACUUCGCAUUCUCUCAGCCAGCUUCAUGAGGCUUCAUGGAUUGCAUUUCAACAAUGCAUUGCUUUGUUAAUUUGUGGAAUUUCCUUAAUGUGUUUGAGCCAAUCAGUUGUGUUGUGACAAGGUAGGGUUGGUAUACAGAAGGUUUCUUCAAGUGCAGUCGCAAAAACUAUCAAGCGCUAUGAUGAAACUGGCUCUCAUGAGCACAGGAAUGGAAGACCCAGAGUUACCUCUGCUGCAGAGGAUAAGUUCUUUAGAGUUAUGUGGAGGUGCUUUGCUCGUGACACUGAUUUAUUUAGAAUUCAAGGCACACUUAACCAGCAUGGCUACCACAGCAUUCAGCAGCGAUACGCCAUCCCAUCUGGUUUGGGCUUAGUGGGACUUUAAUUUUUAUUUUUCCACAGGACAAUGAUCCAACUCACCUCCAGGCUGUGUAAGGGCUAUUUGACCAAGGAGAGUAAUGGAGUGCUGCAUCAGAUGACCUGGCUUCCACAAUCACCCGACCUCAACCCAAUUGAGAUGGUUUGGAAUGAGUUGGACCGCAGAGUAAAGAAAAAGCAGCCAACAAGUGCUCAGCACAGUUGGGAACUCCUUCAAGACUGUUGGAAAAGCAUUCCAGGUGAAGCUGGUUGAGAGAAUGCCAAGCGUGUGCAAAGCUGUCAUCAAGGCAAAGGGUGGCUACUUUGAAGAAUUUAAAAUAUAUUUUGAUUUGUUUAAAACUUUUUUUGGUUACUAAAUGAUUUCAUGUGUUAUUUCAUAGUGUUGAUGUCUUCACUAUUAUUCUACAAUGUAGAAAAUAGUAAAAAUAAAGAAACUCUUGAAUGAGUAGGUGUGUCUAAACUUUUGAUUGGUACUGUAUGUAUGUGUGUGUGUGUGUAUAUAUAUAUAUAUAUAUAUAUAUAUACCGCUUGCCAUUGAUCAGCAUCAUAGAUAUGGACAAGUGUUUUUCUGACCAUCUGCCUGCCUGACAAGGAAAAACCAUGGGCUGGGGUGUAUUCAUUAUGCCCAUUCUGUUGCAAAAAGGAACAAAACGGAGAGGGACCAAGCUGAAUUUGUCCAAUUGAAACUCUGGUUUUUACUGUUUGGACUAAUGAUUACACCCCUGAUAUUGUAGCCCAUAACUAGGGCCCCAAGUUUAUCCUGGCCAAGUCAUGUAGUCAUUAAAAACUAUUGGGUCAAAUCACAGAAUAUAAACUGACAGGUAGACUAUUUCAAGAGUUAGUUUUUAGUUCUGUCACUAGUUGUUCCUCCCACAACCACACUUCAGUUGUAUUUCCUGUGGUUUAAUGUCCUCUGUCUGAUUUUGGAUACAAAACCAUUUUGUAUGACGGUCUGUUUAUAUACAGUGAGCAGAGAGAGAGAUUGUUGUAUGUAACACACAGAAUCUCCUGGGUCUUGUUCAUUAGGGCAUGCAAUGGAAAGCUUUUUAAAAUGAUUUCUGACAGAAACCAAAAAUGUGUGUUACUUAUUGGACAAGUCCAAGUAGUCCAUCCCUGUUUGAGUCCAUUUUCUUCCGUUUGGUGCAUAAUGAACACCACCCUGCAUUGUGUGCCUCCACAAGCCUCGGGGGGGUUUUCAAUAGACUCUGGGUCUUUACAGUCAGGGAACAGUUCAUACAUGUCUUAUGUUUUGUUGGGAGUAGGGUGUAGUUGCCCCUAGUCACUGAUCUUGGGUCAGUUUUACAUUUCGCCCAGUAUUGGUUACGGUUAGGUUUGGAAGAGGGGAAGCUGAUCCUAGAUCUGUACUCAGGGUAAACAUCACCCCGGAGCAAUAUGUUGCAGGGCUAGGAGUUUUACCUGGACAAUGGGACCUGACCAGGAAGAUACCCAAGGCCCCUGAGUUUAUCACAGCCAGGUUACAUGGUCUAUGGCCCUCAAACUCAACUCUGGACCUCGAAGCCAGUUCCACUGCUUUUGUUUCAUUGUUCCCUUCAAAUCAGGGACUGAUUUAGACCUGGGACACCAGGUGGGUGAUUCCCCUCUAAUCAGGGACUGAUUUAGACCUGGGACACCAGGUGGGUGAUUCCCCUCUAAUCAGGGACUGAUUUAGACCUGGGACACCAGGUGGGUAAUUCCCCUCUAAUCAGGGACUGAUUUAGACCUGGGACACCAGGUGGGUGAUUCCCCUCUAAUCAGGGACUGAUUUAGACCUGGGACACCAGGUGGGUGAUUCCCCUCUAAUCAGGGACUGAUUUUAGACCUGGGACACCAGGUGGGUGAUUCCCCUCUAAUCAGGGACUGAUUUAGACCUGGGACACCAGGUGGGUGAUUCCCCUCUAAUCAGGGACUGAUUUAGACCUGGGACACCAGGUGGGUGAUUCCCCUCUAAUCAGGGAUUGAUUUAGACCUGGGACACCAGGUGGGUGAUUCCCCUCUAAUCAGGGACUGAUUUUAGACCUGGGACACCAGGUGGGUGAUUCCCCUCUAAUCAGGGACUGAUUUAGACCUGGGACACCAGGUGGGUGAUUCCCCUCUAAUCAGGGACUGAUUUAGACCUGGGACACCAGGUGGGUGAUUCCCCUCUAAUCAGGGAUUGAUUUAGACCUGGGACACCAGGUGGGUGAUUCCCCUCUAAUCAGGGACUGAUUUAGACCUGGGACACCAGAUGGGUGAUUCCCCUCUAAUCAGGGACUGAUUUAGACCUGGGACACCAGGUGGGUGAUUCCCCUCUAAUCAGGGACUGAUUUAGACCUGGGACACCAGGUGGGUGCAAUGAGUUAUCAGGUAGAACAGGAAAGCAGCAGGCUCUUGACAUUGUAGGGCAACAGUUGAAUACCCUGGUCUAUGGGAUCUGGCCAGGAAGAUAUCUGAAGCCCCCCCGAGUUCUUCCCAGUCAGGAGAAACUACUGGUCCCACCUAUGUAGCUCUCUAAUGGAUAUGUCUUCCACAACGUCAACUACUGAAUGUACAUAAUAUGCAGAUUUGUAAAUGUAAAAAUGUGUGAAUAAACAAACGUCCUAAUA